AUGGCCCGCUCCUCCUUCAUCCACUACCACACCAACAAAUCGCACAGAUCCUGCGCGUUGAGGAAGACUGCGCUCCGUGUCGGCCAGAUCCUGCAGCUUGGGACUCCUCCGGUGACCCGCGAGCAGGUCUGCACGUACACCGCCCUUCACCACUCCUCGUGUCUCUGCAGCCUGUUUGGUGGCUCGGACUACAAGCUGAUCUACCGCCACUAUGCCACGCUGUACUUCGUCUUCUGCGUGGACUCCUCAGAGAGUGAGCUGGGCAUCCUGGACCUCAUCCAGGUGUUUGUGGAGACGCUGGACAAGUGCUUUGAAAAUGUCUGUGAGCUGGACCUCAUCUUCCACAUGGACAAGGUUCACCACAUCUUGCAGGAGGUGGUGAUAGGUGGCAUGGUGCUGGAGACCAACAUGAACGAGAUCGUGGCGCAGGUGGAGGCCCAGAGCAAGCUGGAGAAGGCAGAGGGAGGCCUCUCAGCCGCUCCUUCCCGCGCGGUCUCAGCUGUGAAGAACAUCAACCUGCCAGAGAUCCCUCGCAACAUCAAUAUCGGAGACAUCAACAUCAAAGUGCCCAACCUGUCACAGUUCAUGUGAGCGUCCUGCGGCGGGGAGUGCUGCCCACACAUGUGGGCUGUGGCCUGGGCUGGCUGGGGAGAGGAGCUGGGCCCCGCUGGGCUCCCUCUGCCCCUUCUGGGUCUCUGCCUGUGUGGCACACGGUGGGCACGGUGUGCUGCCGGGGUGCCUGGCUGGCUGGCAGAGGGUAGGGAGUGGUGAUGGGGCUCAGCGAGAAGGAGGUGGUGCUGUCCGCCUGUCCAUCACCUUGGACCUUGGUGUGGUUCUGCUCUCUGGUCUCCCAACAAUGAGGGUGGCCUUUCUUCCCCUCCCUCCUCCCUCCCCGUGGAUGCACAGCCUCUCCUUGCUGCACGGCGAAGAGCCAGGUCCUGCCUCUCCCAGCAUUUCUUGGGAUUCCUGGUUGUAAAAUUGCACCUGUAGUCAAUGGCUCCCAGAGGAGCCGUAGGUUGUCGUCUCCUCCAUCGUCCCUGGGCUGGGCUGUCUCCUGCCUGGCAUCCCUGCGCCCGCCCUGGGUCACGCUCGCUGGGUCUGGGACCCCAGGCUGGGAUUGGUACCAGUCUGGUCAGGGUCGCUCAUCAGAGCUGCUGUGAGCUCUGGAGCUGGGGUCAGUGUGGGUGGUACCUGCUGGACCGGGAGACGCUGGCGGUGAGAGGGG